GUCUGCUUCAAUGACUCGGUUAUUUUGUUAAUUUUUAGACUGUUGGUUUUGAUGCUGGCGUCAUGAUGGAUAAUAACAAAAAGGUCUGCAGCAGCACGUCGGGACUGCAGCAUCAGUCCAGAAGCUGUAAGUCAUAAUCAUCAGAAUGGGCUCCAAGCAAAGAAAUGUAGGGCGGGGCUUCGGUAAUUGAUUGGAUCAUUGGAAGAUGGGCGUUGCCGUUGAGAGCUCCAUGAACCACGUGACCGCAUGGCGGCGAAAUCAAAGCUUGUCGCAACGGUUUCUCAACGGCUCUGACAGAAGCAGAGCGCGAAUCCAGUGGAAGAGUCAGACAAAUGCAAAAUCAGACCAGAUUUUUGUUGUAAAUCUUAAUCGGUUGAUGGAAAAUAGCCUACCUUGUUAUCAGAUCAUGCAGUAAUGGCCAGCCAUGAUCUCUUGUAGUGCUGGACAGGAGGAUGACAGGGAAAGGAAACCAUGGAGAAAUACCUUUCCAAAUAUGUCCCAUUCUUCACUCUGCUGGCUCUUUCAGGACUCUUAUUCCUGCUGUGGAAUAUCACCUCAUUAGAAAGCUGGAACUGUCAGACAGUAUCUACCUUCUAUCAGCUUCAGAAUGGCAUCCAAUCAGUCUUGAAGACCUCUGAAUUUUUACUACCGGUGGAGUUUAACUACUCCUUCUGUGCCCACCUUGGCCAGGAGCCCACUGUAGAUGAAGCCAGGGAGGAGAACUAUCUUCUUAAAUCCAUUGCCUGGCCAGAGCCAUCGGUCCAAGGACUGCCAUUACGUCAAAGUAGCGAUCCUGCACAGAGCUAUUAUACAAUCCAAGACCCUGGAGAUCUGCAGGUGGGUGGGCAGCUUGUGGUGAAGGUACAGAUGCAUAACUUCUUGGAUCAGCCCAAACAAUAUGGAGGAGACUUCCUAGUUGCGCGACUUCACACACCAGAACUGGCAGCAGGUGUGGUUGGCCAGGUACACGACCACAACAAAGGAAACUACACUGUAUUUUUUCCUCUGCUUUGGGCAGGUGUUGCCCAGGUGGAACUGACAAUGAUUCACUCCAGCGAAGCUGUGAUGGUCCUCAGGCGAUUGAGAGAGGAACAGUCGGACCGAGUGUUCUUCAAGAGCCUUUUCCGCUCAGGGUACCUUUCUGAGACCACUUUGUGUAACAUGUGUCUGCCACACAAACAGCAGCCACUUUGCAACUACACAGACCCCCAGACCGGAGAACCCUGGUUCUGUUAUAAGCCCAAGAUGUUAGACUGUGAUACACGGAUUAACCACUCAAAAGGAGGGUAUAAGAAACACCUUCUCACUGUUUUUGAGUCACAGUUCUUCCAAAGUGGAGUAAAUAUAAAAAUUCCAAUACUUUCUGCAGGGGUGGACAAUGUGACGGUUCAGCCUGCUAAAGUACGAACCAAUGGGAUGCACCUUGAAUUCACUCCUUCAGGGUACUACUACCAGGGAUCAUGGAGGCCAUUGAGUGGACUCGUCAUGCGUCAGUUUAAUGCCUCUUCAGUCAUAACACAGUGUCUUCAAGGGAAAAUGGUGUACAUGUAUGGAGACUCCACUGUGCGACAGUGGUACGAGUAUCUCAUUGCCCAUGUUCCAGAGUUUAAGGAAUUCAACUUUCAUAGCCCGAAGAAUGUUGGCCCGUACAUGGCAGUGGACAGCAACCACAACAUACUGUUGAGAUACCGUUGCCACGGGCCACCGAUCCGCUUCACAUCUGUGUCCUCGGCUGAGAUGCACUAUAUCUCAAAUGAGCUGGAUGACUUACGAGGGGGCUCAGACACGGUGGUUGUGAUUAGCAUCUGGGGGCAUUUUAGCACUUUCCCAGUACAAGUGUACAUGCGGCGCCUGCGCCAUAUCCGCAGGGCAGUGAUCCGACUGCUGAACCGAGAACCAACGACUUUGGUGUUGAUCCGCACAGCCAACCUCCAGAAACUGGACCCAGAGUCCAGCUUGUUCAACAGCGACUGGUUCUCCCAACAGCUUGAUGCAGUGCUCCGAGCCAUGUUUAAGCAUCUGAACGUCCAUCUGGUGGAUGCCUGGGAGAUGACACUCGCCCACCAUCACCCUCAUCAGCUACACCCUCCACCUGACAUUAUAUCAAACAUGGUUAAUUUCAUUCUUUCGCACAUCUGCCCAGUGAAGAGAAAGAAAAAGCAGGGCUAAACAUCUCAACCAGUAUUUGUGGGUUAGGAACUGGUGAGACUUAACGUUAAUC